AUGCUUGCUGUAAGAACAAUUUUGAAUUUGUUUAGAACGCAAAUUCCUCUAUUCCGAACAUAUGCUAUGAAUUCAAAAUUAGUCGAAAUUACAAAAGAUGAUACAGAUAUUGCUACAAUUUCAAUGGCGUAUCCACCUGUAAACAGUUUAAACAAAGAAUUAUUAACUGCUUUAAACAUGUCCUUAAUGGAUAUACAGAAAGAAAAAUAUCGAGGUAUCAUAUUAACAUCAUCAUUACCAAAUGUAUUUUCAGCAGGACUUGAUAUAAAAGAAAUGUAUAAUCGAACUGAAAAACAACUAACUGAAUACUGGCAAACAUUGCAGGAUACAUGGUUAACUUUAUACAAUUUGGAGAUACCAGUAGCUGCUGCAAUCAAUGGUGCCAGUCCUGCUGGAGGAUGUUUGUUAGCAAUGUCUUGCGAAUACAGAGUUUUAGUUGAAGGAAAACAUACUAUAGGAUUAAAUGAAACACGAUUAGGAAUUAUUGCUCCAGAAUGGUUUAGAAGUCUUUAUGUUGACAUAAUAGGAUAUAGGAGAGCUGAAAUAGCACUGUUAAAAGGAACUCUGUUUCAUCCAACAGAAGCAUUGGAAAUUGGACUUGUAGACGAAUUAGCUUCUGAUAAAGCAAAUGCAAUCAAAAAAUGUAAAGAUUAUAUUGAAACCAAAGGUAGACAAUCAACAAAAAUGGAAUUAAGAAAACGUAAUUCAUUAUGGUUGAAAGUAAAUAGAGCUGUGGAUCUUAAUCAAUUUGUAACGUUUGCUCAGUUACCAGAGGUACAAGCUGGUCUAAAAUUAUAUAUUGAAACUUUAAAGAAAAAGUAAGAAACUUUAAUUAAAGUGUUGCUUUUUUAAACCGUUAUGUUAAACAUUUAAUAUUUUUAUACAAAUUUUACAAAUAAAAUAUUUUAUAUAAAAAUGUGUAGAUAUAUUAAAGGAUAUAUAUAUUUGAUAAAUAUAUAUUAUUUAGUAAAAAUAUUUACUUCUAUAUUGAUUUCCAAAAGUUUCCACUUGAUUUAUAAUAUAAUUUUUGAAUUGUUAUUAACUGUAUUAUUAAGUUAUUCAUCAAGUGCUAAUAUAACUUCUGAAUCAUCAGUAUUUAAAUUUAAUUGUUGUAAUAGUUGUGAGAAUUCUUGUUGUUGAGAAUCCGCGAAGUGUGAUAUUUCUAGUAUUUGCUGAUUAUUUCUUUCUUUCUCAUAUCUAUUAAACCAAAAUAAAAAUUUGCUACAAUUAUUAAAAAAAUAUAAAAAUACGUAAAGAAAGAAAUAACUUACUUUAUUAAUUCUUCAUUAUAUUCUUCAAGCCAAUUUUUUAUUCGAUUUAUCAUAGUAUCUUCUCUAGCAUCUAUUAUCUGUAAUGGAAAAAUGCAUGUCAGUUUUUAAAACGCAAAUAAUAGAAAUGUAUGUAAACGCAUGUACUUACUUGCAAAUGUCUUUCAUGAGAAUUAUUAAGAUUAUAAUUUAACAUGUCUUUAUCUUCACAUAAAUUUAAUAAAUGACGUGGUAACUUUACAUCAUCCCCAAAACCGCUAAGAUAAUAUAAAAUUAAUCCAUUAAUAGUAUCAUUAUAUUCUGCUUCACAAUUACGUAAUUGUGAAAAAUAUCCUCGUGCAAUUGUUAGAAAAGAAUCCAUCAUAUCAGACAUGUUAAUUCUAAAUACUUCAUUUAUAUCCUUUAUCAAAUAAGUUUGAUAUUAUUUUCAAUCUAAUUUUUCUCUAGACUACUCAUAUUAAUUAAAAUAUACCUCCAUUUGUUCAUGUAAGUCCACUUCAAUAGACAUCAAUUUUGUCCAUGCAUCAGUUAUUAUAUCAUUAAAUUCUUCAGAUAACUGAUGAGCUUCUUUAGUUAUGUUUUCUAAUCUAACAGUAUCUACAUUUCCAGUUAAUUCUUUUAUCAAUUGCUUGAUAGUUACCAAAAUAUCAGUUUUCUUAUGCAAGACUUCAUUUACAAUCCUAUAAUUUGAAAUAAUACAAAUUACUGUUGAUGUAUACUAUACCUAUACUUCAUAUUUGCACAAAUAUAUUACUUACAUUCUACCUCGAUUUUCUGAAAUACUUUUACCUUCAUUUACAGCGAUAUCAUAAAGAUUUAUUUCAUUUAUUCGUUUAUCAUGUUCUUCCAAACCUAUUUCACAAAACUCUUUGCAUAAAGCAGAAAAAUUUAUCUUGUAUUCUUCAAAUGCAUUUUGUGUAUCUUCAUUUACCAUAGACAAAUCUCUUCCUUCUAAACAUAAGAUACACUUCAUAAAUUUUUAUGUGUAAACGUUUAUUCUUAUAUAUAAAUUCUUAUUUGUAAUGAAAUUAAAUAAUUAUAUAUGUAAAUUAAUAAACCUUUAUCAUCUUCAAACAUUUGAUGAAAGAGAUAAUCAUCAUCAAGAUAUUCUAUAUAUGCAGCAGUAAGGAAAACUAAUUUCUUUUCAUAUUCUUCUUGUGCAUCCAGCUUUUCUUUUUCUUUCAUUUCUAUUUCUUCUAAAGUAUUCAGAGUCCUACUAAAUUAUAAAUAUAUAUAUUUUUUAUACAUGUGUGUACACACGCGCACACACACACACACACACACAUCAUAUAUAUGUAUUGUGUAAUUACUAAUGCUUUUCUUUUGCAUCCUUUCUUUGUUCAUUAGUUAUCAUUUUGUAUUCAUAAUAAGUUAAUUGAGGUAUAAAUGCAAAUACAUAAUCCAAAUAUCCAUCUUCUUUAGUGCAUGGAUUUUCACUCAUAUUCAAACUACGUAACUUUUUAAAUUUUCUUAAAUACAGUACCUAAAUGAUAAUGCAAAUAAAUAA